AUGGAGGUAGCGUUGAAGUCUUAUAAUAAAAGGCAUAUUGACGUGUUGGUCCGGGAGGCACCGGAGAGUGCCAAAUGGCGUGGAACGUUUGUGUACGGCGAGCCUAAAUCUCAGGACAGGCACCAUAUGUGGACGUUGCUUCGUCGGAUCAAACCAAAUGCAACUGAACCCUGGUUGAUGAUAGAUGACUUCAAUGAAGCAAUGUGGCAGUCGAAGCACUUCUCACACGCGAGGAGACCGGAGGGGCAGAUGAGAGCCUUUCGUGAGUCUCUCUCAUUUUGCGACCUUCAUGACUUGGGAUUCGGGGGCACACCAUGGACGUACGACAAUAAACAGGGAGACGGAAGGAAUGUGCGGGUGCGGCUUGACAGAGCUGUUGCGGAUCCGGCAUGGUCGGCGUGUUUCCCCCUGGCGCAUGUUUCUCACAUCGCGUCGUCGUGCUCCGAUCAUGUUCCGUUGUUACUACUAUGGGAUGAGCCGGAGAGGCCGCGGGCGGCGCCUCGCUGCCGUCGCUACGAGGCCAUGUGGGAGCGAGACGCCUCGAUGCCAGAUGUGAUAAAGGAAGCAUGGGAGAAAGGGGAAGGAGUUAGUAAUUUGGGGGAUGUCAUGGCAAAGCUACGGUCGACUUUGACCCAGUUACACACAUGGAGUGAUAAGAAGGUCGGGAACGUGAAGAGGAAGUUGGGGAAGUUGAGAAAGAGACUCGGGUCCCUUCGCCAGCAGGGGUUGCUGGACGGAUCUAAUCAAAUACGGGAGGUGCGUGAAAAGCUGGACGAAUUGCUGUUUCGUGAAGAGAUUAUGUGGAGACAGAGAUCAAGGACCUCUUGGCUCAAGGAGGGUGAUCGUAAUACAAGAUAUUUUCAUAGGAAAGCUUCUUGGAGAGCUCGGAAGAAUAGAGUUACAAAACUAAAAAAGCAAGAUGGCUCCAGUACGUCUGAUGCAAAGGAGAUGAAGCAUAUUGCUCAAUGUUUCUUUCAGGAUCUUUUGUCAAGAGAUGUUACUCUUGAUCCUGGGCCUUUGCUGGACAUGUUCUCAUUGAAGGUGGAUCAGGAGAUGAAUGAGUCUCUUACGAAGGCUUUCACAGAUGAAGAGAUUUCAGAUGCCUUGUUCCAGAUAGGUCCUACGAAAGCACCGGGUCCUGAUGGAUUUCCGGCUUGCUUUUUUCAAAGGAAUUGGGCUCUGUUAAAGGAGGAUGUGUUAAGAGCUGUUCACAAGUUUUUUGAGGAAUGUGAAUUGCAGGAAGAAGUAAAUGACACUACAAUAGUGAUGAUUCCGAAGCAUUGUGCACCGGAAGAAAUGAAGGACUAUCGUCCUAUCAGUUUGUGCAACGUGGUGUACAAAGUGGUGUCAAAGUGUUUAGUCAACCGUCUCAGACCGCUGCUGCAGGGUUUGAUCUCGGAGCAACAAAGUGCUUUUGUUCCAGGUAGAAUGAUAACGGAUAACGCCUUGAUUGCUUUCGAGUGUUUUCACUCCAUUCAAAAGUGCAGAAGAGAGAAUCAAAAUUUCUGCGCACUGAAAUUAGAUCUUUCGAAGGCUUAUGAUUAUGUAGAUUGGGUCUUCCUGGAGAGAGUAAUAGAGAAGAUGGGCUUCAGCCAAACAUGGAUCAAGUGGAUCAUGAUUUGCGUUACUACUGUUCGCUACAAAGUGCGAUUUAACGGGGAAUUAUUGGAGGCAGUCAGUCCAUCAAGAGGGUUACGCCAAGGGGAUCCUUUAAGCCCAUAUUUAUUUCUGUUUAUUGCUGACGGCCUCUCAAAUAUCUUGAAAAGAUACUCGGGUGAAGGAAGAAUUCAACCACUAAAGGUUUGUCGGAAGGCACCGGGGGUCUCUCAUCUGUUGUUUGCGGACGAUAGCUUAUUGUUCUUCAAAGCAGAGCUGCAGCAAGCAAGAGCAGUGAAAGAAGCCCUGACUUUAUAUGAAAGGAGCACGGGACAGUUAAUUAACCCAAGCAAAUGCUCCCUGCUCUUUAGUGAUUUUUGUUCGGCGCACCAACAGGAUGAAAUUAAGGACGAGCUGCAGGUUUCCAAAGCCACAUUUGAGGACAAGUAUCUAGGCUUGCCUACGCCGGAGGGGCGUAUGAAAGCGGAAAAGUUUCAGCCAAUCAGAGAAAGAUUUGCUAAGAGGCUUAGCAACUGGUCAGAGAAAUUUUUAUCUGCAGGAGCUAAGGAGGUGUUGAUAAAGAGUGUGGCUCAAGCACUCCCAAAUUAUGUGAUGGGAGUGUUUAAGUUGCCGCUCCAGACUUGUGAGGUUUAUGAUCGGAUGGUCAGAAAGUUUUGGUGGGGAGAAGACAAAGGGCAGCGUAAGGUGCAUUGGUUGGCCUGGGAGAAGUUAACAUGCCCGAAGUCCUUCGGAGGAAUGGGGUUCCGGGAUAUGAAAUGUUUUAACCAAGCUCUCUUAGCUCGUCAGGCAUGGAGGCUGCUUGUGUACCCGGACAGUUUCUGUGCACGAAUUCUAAAAGCAAGGUAUUACCCAAAUGGAACCCUCAUUGAUACUGCCUUCCCGGUGGUUUCAUCACUGUCGUGGAAGCGUAUAGCUCAUGGGAUGGACUUGUUGAAGGAGGGAGUUAUAUGGCGAAUCGGGAAUGGAAAAGAUGUUAGAAUAUGGAGACACAAAUGGGUUCCACAUGCAGGCAAAUUGAAAGUAAUUGAGAAGAAAACUUGGAAUAGGCUCACCUUUGUUCAUGACCUUAUAUUGCCAGGAGAGAAGAAGUGGAACGAACCUUUAAUUCGUCACUUAACUCAUGAUGACGAUGCUGAUGUUAUUCUGAAAUCAAGGAUUCCAGUGCGGGAGAGGGAAGAUUUCCCUGCGUGGCAUUUUGAGAAGAAUGGGGUUUUCUCAGUGAAAAGUGCUUAUCGGCUUGCCUGGAAUUUGUCGGGCCUGAGCUCCAGAUCGCAUUCUUCCAGCUCAGCACCUGAUGAUCAAAGGAAACUAUGGAAAGUGUUGUGGAGGACAGAUGUACAGCCUAAGGUAAGUGUCUUUGCAUGGCGUCUUGCCCAUGAUUCGCUGCCAACAAUGAGAAACAAGUGGAGAAGGACUUUGGAGAGUACUGGGGUCUGCAAAAUCUGCGGGCAUGAGGUGGAGGAUGGGCACCAUGCCACUGUCAGGUGCUCAAAAGCAAUGGCACUUCGCCUAGCGGUACGUGAAUACUGGGAGUUGCCGGAUGAAUUUCUUUUGAAAUACACAGGACCAGACUGGCUUUUGGUACUGUUAGAUUCAAUCCCUACGAAAAUGAAGACAAAUCUAUUACUAGUCUUAUGGAGAUCAUGGCACUUGAGGAAUGACAUCAUUCAUGAGAAGGGUCUGGCUUCCAUUGCUGAUUCGGUAUCAUUCUUGAAGAAUUUCAGGGAAACUCUUUCCCCGGUCUGGCAGCAGGAGGUGGAUCAUAAAGGUAAAUUGCCCAUCUCUGAAUGCAUCAUCCCGGAGCCCAUAAGAAGAAACAGGGCCACUUCUGAUGAUGUUGUGUGGAGGCCUCCGCCUGAAGGUUGGGCAAAAAUUAAUGUUGAUGGAGCUUUUAGGCCAGAGAGUGGAGAAGCUAGCGUCGGAAUUAUCGCUAGGGACUGCAGGGGCUUGGUCCUAUACUCUGCAUACAAGGCGGUUCAGAACUGCAAUGCGCCUAUUGAAGUGGAAGCAUUGGCAUGCCUAGAAGGAGCUCGCGCGGCUGCAAAUUGGGUUCAGAUGCCGGUGAUUUUUGAGUCUGACAAUGCCACCGUCAUUCAGGACAUUGUGGCACACCAAGGAAAUCGUGCGGCAUGGUCUCCAAUCAUCGAUGAGAUACAUGGUGUCUGUAGCCGUCUCCAAGAUGUGCAAUGGCAUAAAUUAAAGAGAGAUUGUAAUAGGGUUGCUCAUUUUCUAGCUAAGAUGGGCAUGAGCUCCAGACUUUGUUCCGAGUGGAUCCUCCAGGCUCCCCCGGCCAUCUUUGAGCUCCUUGCCCAGGAAUGUAAUACCCUUUUCAGUUAA